UCACGGCUGCCAGCAGUGACUAAAAAGAAGAAGAAGAAGAAGAAGAAGAAGAAGAAGAAGAAGAAGAAGAAGAAGAAGAAGAAGAAGAAGAAGAAGAAGAAGAAGAACAAGAAGAAGAACAAGAACAAGAAGAAGAAGAAGAAGAGGAUAAGAGGAGCGUGACGUUUUGUAUUUGUUGAAUCCCCGGAUCGAGCUGAGGAUGGAGAAUACAUGAGGAAGAGAUUUGAGACGCUCGGGGGGGAAAUGCUGCUGAGUAAAGUUUGUGGAUAUUUCUAGAGGGAAUUUUUAAGCCCUUGAACUUUGGGGAAGAAUCGCAGAGGACGCUCGGCUGAGAGCAGACUGCAAAGACACAAAGCCUGCAGGUGGGACGUUGGACAGGAGGGCAGCAUGGCGCCCACCAACCCUUCCUCCAGCCCCCUCGUCCUCUCCCUCCUCUUCCUCUCCUUCCUCAUAACUCAACCCGCCCUCACCCAAGACCCAUCCGUCACCACGGUGACAGCAUCCGAAGGAGAUGCGUUAAUCGUCCCCACCGCGCAGGCCAACCAGACGACUGCCAGCUACAUGGAGACCACUCAGGACACUCCUUUAGAGACGGGGCUGUCCACUCCUGCCAGCGGGGGAGACGGGGACGACGAGGACGCGUUUCCCUCCAGCGGGACACGUUGCCAGGGCUACUACGACGUCAUGGGCCAAUGGGAUCCGCCGUUCAACUGCAACGCCGGUGUCUUUCUGCACUGCUGCGGUACCUGCUUCUACCGCUUCUGCUGCCAGUUCCGGCAGCAGCGGCUGGAUCAGAACAUCUGCUCCAACUACGACACGCCCAUCUGGGCCAACACCGGCAAGCCCGUGGACACCAUCACCGAGGGCCAUGAGGACCAGGACCGGGACCGCACGCACCUCAUCGUCUACAUCAUCUGCGGCGUGGUGGCCAUCAUGGUGCUGGUGGGCAUCUUCACCAAACUGGGCCUGGAGAAGAGCCGCGGAGGAAGUGUAGGAGGAGCAGCGGGGGCGGGGCACGCUGACAUCAACUCCAGGACACUGACAGACCUGAUGAAACAGCAGGGAGGUGAGCUGAGCUCUGUGGAAAACGUUGCGGCCGGUUCGCCCAACGGAGGGAGAGCCAACGGCAUUUCAGCCAGAAUGCUACGCAGCAGGAGUGAACAGUACCAUCUGAAUAACUCCGCUUACGGGCCGUUCGCACCGGGGCUUCCACACCCGCACAGCAACCACAGCACCGUGGGACUCAACAAGUACACCUCCCUGAAAGCUGUGGCACAAAGUGCGUCUCACAGCUACUACAAGAGCUUCCCGCUCAUGGACUUCUCCCAGUACCAGCCUGUGGCACCUCCGGCCUUCCAGGCAGUGCCGAUACCGCCCAAAGAGAAGUCUUACAUACACCAGCCCGUGUCGGCACACCACGACCUCCACGCCCCCCUCUCCAUCUCCAUCCCCUCCAACCACAUGGAGCACUCUCGUAUCCCCAAGACCACCACGCACCCGCUGCUCUCCAGCUCGGCCUUCAAAGCCUGGGAGCCAACCGGCCGACACGUCCACAGGCAGGCCUCCGCCCCGGGGUACGCCCCCUCCUCCGUGCACAUCUCCGCCCGGCGACAUGGCUACUCGACCCGGAGGCAGCAGAGCAUAGAGAACAUGCCAGAUCUCUUUAACCAGCCCCAUGGAGGGAUUUAUGGAGGCGCUGGAGGCGAGCAGGGGCAGCAUGUUCAGGGGCAACACCCACCUCAACCCUCCUACCACCACCACCACAGGCAGAAGAGCUACUCCACCCACAGUAGGACCGAGGUGACCGUCUGAGCCUCAGAGAGCGGCUUGCUGUAAUGUUAAACAUAUUAACAGAAAGCUUUGGUGUUAGCUCAACGCCAGAGUUUGGGACAGCUGGCCCAACAGGCGAGGGAUAAUUAACGAGAUGCGUUCAGAUUUACGAGAUGAAAAGAAGUGUUUUGAUAAGUGGAAACCGUGAGAUUCAGGGGGAAAGCGAUGAAAUAAAGGUUAUUAUUGGACUCCA